AUGUCCUCUCAAAAAAGUCAAAUGGUCUCACCUGAUUUGAUCAGAGCCGCUCAAGCUAGUGAGCCGAUCGCGAUCAAGGAUGUAGAUUCGCACGACCUUACUUGUGGUAGAGGUGCUUCCGUUCAACAUCAAGACCACCCAGUAAAGAUCGACGCUGGUAGCAAACUCCAAAUCCAGUGGAGUGACGAUUGGAAGCACACGGUUGGACCAAUCAUGACAUACCUUGCCGAAUGUCGUGAAAACAACUGCGAAGAGUCUGACGUUACAACGUUAGAUUGGUUCAAGAUUGAUGAAAAAGCCGCUGAUUUAGAAGGCGAUUGGUGGCAAUCUCAUUUGGGUGAUGAGAGAGUAUACAUUCCAAUACCAUCAACCUUGAAAGAUGGAAAGUACAUUGUCCGUCAUGAGGUCAUUGUUAUUGACCAAGACCCUGUUCUGUUUUUCCCAGCUUGCGCUGCAUUAGACAUACAGAAUGGUGGAGAUGAAUUCCCUUCAUCUAACUAUACCGUACAAAUUCCAGGUGCCUACUCGGCUACAGACAAAGGAUUACAAACCGUUGAAGAAUCAUUUGAUCCAUACAACUACGUAUUCCCAGGUCCUUCAGUCUGGAAGCCAACUGAUGUUGUUGAGAGUGCGUCAUUUGAUGGAUUCUACAGUGCUGCAGAAAUGGAUGUUCAUAUGACUGGAGAUGCAUACCAAGUACAGUUUUUAGCACCAAACGUUACUUCUUCAAGCACUUCUAGCGUUGACUAUGUUAGUUCUACCGCUACAACGCUCUAUCCAUCACAAACAAUGUCAAUGGCUGCUUCAAAGAGCAGCACGACAAGCAGCAGCAAACCAACUUCAACUGCUAACUUCUACCACGCUCAACUCGCUCCAUUACCAUCAGAUAGCACAGCUAGCCCAAGCUCUACACCAUCACCUUCGAUUUCUUCAACUGAAUGGGAUGACGGUAGCUGGAACAAGCAAAAGUACGAUGACGGCAAAUUUACUUAA